GCGACCCGUGCUGAGGGAUGAAUGGUUGGGGGGGGUUUCAAUCAAAUACCCUGCCUCUAACGGAGCCUGUGGAGUACCAGGGCACCCUCCACAGUAUCGUCUGCCCCCUCUGCAUUAAGCGGGUCACUGAUGCAGUUGAACUUCUUUACCGCGCAACUCGUGGGAAUUUCAUGAAUAAUUCAACAAAAAACAAAAAUCUUCCGGGUUCCGGCAGCCUCUCUCUGUCGGAAAAAAUCGUCAUAGAGGUCGACUCUAUGAAUGUCGAAGAGGAUGAAGUACUGAGUGACGCACCUGCGGAUGUUCAGUCCUGUUCCUCUUCCAUCCUCAACACCCCGACUCGUUGUGAGUCGCUAGAGGAUGAUAGUGACGAAAGUAACGUCACUACAAAAACUGAACCUAAAGCGCUAGAUUCAGCUGAGGUCCACUCUUCGUGGAAGAAAAACCUCACCAAGGGUCAGAGAAGGAGGCUGAAGAACUUGGCCGCAGCCGGGAUCCCUGCAAAGGAAGCUCGGCAGCAAGCACUGAGUCAGCACAUCUCUGGACCAGCAAAACGCCCCCGAGGAUCGGAACUACCUAGUAGUGACGAAAAACCGAUUCUCAAAAAAUCCAAACAAAAUCUCUGCCCCCGUAAAAGAGCGGGGUUGAACGAGCAAAAAAAAGAUGCUCGAAACACUCUUCAAAACAAAGACUCCACAAUAACUUCUGUCGAAACUGGAAUCUCCUUCAAGGAAGCUUUGGAACAGAUCAAAGUUGGAAUACUCCCGGAGGACUAUCCCAACACCGAUCUUACUACGGCUCAGUUAGAUUCCAUCCAGAAUGCUCUACUCACUGCAAUAGAGCAACAAAGAAACGAGCCGGUUAAGCCCAAAUUUUUCAAUUGCUCGUAUAAGUCAGGUUAUCUAAUCCUUUCGUGCAAAGAUCAUCAAACUUCGGAAUGGUUGAAGAAAGUGGUUCCCGGGAUAAUCCUAGACGACAACAUCAAACUGGUUGCUCUAGACGCCAAAAAUAUUCCGCGUCCAGAAAUUCUCCAUGCCUUUUUCCCACAAAGCGCAACAUUCAGCGACGAGAGACUCAAAAGCCUCAUUGAGAGUCAAAAUGAAAAUCUCUCCACCGAUAAAUGGCGAAUACUAAAGAGAUCCAAUCCCAACGAAAUUCACGCGGACUGGACGCUAACAGUCGACGAAGCUUCGAUGCGUCAACUAACUAGCACAAACUUCAACAUAAACUUCCGAUUUGGCGAAACUAAGCUGAGGAAAACAAAUCCAAAGCAGCGCCAAGUCAUAAUCCAUAAAAGCUCCGGUGUAUUCAAAGGAGAUCUGGGGCCAAAAAACGAGGAACCUAAAAAUUCCAAAAACCCAGGAAACCUGAAGUCUUCAGAGACUAGUGACUCCAAAAUAGUGGAACCACAAAAAACUCAAGAAGUCGGCAGAAGGGUUUCUGGAAAACCAAAGCGCCCUCGUGAAGAUUCUCCGAAAAACAAGAAGCUUGGCAUCCUGAGUAUUCCCGGCCCAAGCGGUACGAACUCAAUGGUUAUCGCAAACAGGUUAGGAACCUCGAUUGUGCCAAGUAAAAAAGGUGAGUUUCUUCAUACCCAUCCCAGAUCUAAUACGAAUACGGAAGCUGGAACAAGCAAAAAACCUGACCUGAUUUUCAAAAAAACAGAUGGGACUCCGAUCCUCCCAAAUGAACCACCAGAUCGGAUAACCCAACCUAAUGCAGAACACUAAAGUUCUGCAAAUAAACUUCCACCACGCCAAAGCAGCGUCGAGCGUGCUAUCCAGGAGGUUUACAAAAGACGCUGUGGAUCUAGCUCUUAUACAAGAGCCUUGGGUUCACAAAGGAAGAAUACUAGGUAUUCAAACAGGUUCAUAGUUCAUUCAAAGGGACAUCGUCGCGAUCAGAGUGGAAGUUCCUACCGCCAAAGGAAGGGCCGACAUCGUAAUUGCGUCGGCUUACUUUCCAGGCGACGUUCCUGAGGUUCCUCCACGAGAGGUAGCGGCGUUUGUAAACUAAAUACUGCAGGGAAAUUAACAAGGACUUCAUAAUCGGAUGUGAUGCCAACGCUCAUCACACCAUGUGGGCAAGUACGGAUAUCAACUACCGAGUUGAUCGGAACAAAAAUGGAUUGGCGCUACCUGCUCUCCGUAUCGCCACACAACCUCGCCGAAGAACGACAGGAUGAAUUGGCGACUGAUCUGGCCGCUAUACCCCCUACCCAAAAGUUGGAUAGCAAGGGCUGCAAGAAGCUUUUCCGGCUUGCCCAGGUGGUGCUACGCUUUCGCAAUGAACAGGUGAAUCAACUCAGAUUGGAGAUGGAACAAAUAAUAGCGCAGGAUGAGUUGAGAAAAACGCAAGACACUCCAAGGCAUGAAAUGCUUCGCGAGCAAAUGAGCGACCUUAAACGCACAAUCGAAAAAUUGGAAGCAGACAAGCUUUCCCAGCGCUCCCGGAUCAAGGAACUUUCCGAGGAAAUUGCAUCGCUUCAGAAGAAGCUAGUGGAAAGCAGUCACUUCGGUAGCGAUGGUGAGGACUCCCCUGAUGCCCUGUCGGAGAUUGAUCGUCAACAGGAGCUUUACAAUAACAUCAGCAUGAAGAAUAAACACAUCAAGCGGUUGUUACGAGAUAUUGAGGACUUAGAGAAGCGGAACAGUUUCCAGAUUGAUACGAUCAAUAGCUUGCAGGUCAGUUUGAGCGAUGCAACCGAGAAUCUCACGGCGCUGACUAAUCAAUACGAGGAAGCAAAGGCGCUUAUCGGUAGUCAGAAAGCAACCAUAGAUGCGUUUAACGAGAAAGUGUGUAAGCUGGAGAAAGAGCUAGCCGGAAUGGUAGAAAAAAAACGUAAAUGUGAGGAUGAUCUGGAAGAUUUUGCGGAGCAGUUAGAAGUACGAACAGUGCGCUGGAAAGCGGUUUUAGGAGAAAAACAGGCUGAGUUGGAAGAGGUGCAAACGAAGUACGCAGAACUAUUGGAACAGUUCCCUGGAUACGAUGUUGAGGCAGAGCGAAACGAGUUUAAAAGGAUGGUUAGUCAACUGGAAGAAAAGAACGAGCUGAUUUUAGUACUCGAAGAAAAGAUUACUAUGCUGUCACAGGAGAUUUUAACAUCAACUGAGUUGAUGAAUAGAAUUUCUCAGGAGAAAGAAAAUACUAGGAAUGAACCGAGCAAAAUUAGCAAAUGUUGUGAGGAAAGUCGCACAUUGCUUGAAAGGGCAAACAAACGGUGCGAAGAAAUGCAGGAGAUUUUAACAAACGUGGAAGAAGACAAUUUGUUAAAAUCAAGACAGGUAACUGAAGCUGUAGAUGCCCUGAAAAGAUACGAAAGCGGCGAAGAUGGGUUGGCUAAUGCGCUGAAGAGGAUCAACAGACUACACGAGAAGGUUAAUGUGAGAGACAAACAGAUACGCGAGUUGGUCAAAGAUAUUAACGAAGCGAAUGAAGUUGUAAUGGAAAAUACUGUUUUAAGGAAACGCUUGGGAAUCAGUGAAGAUGAAAUAGUACCGAUUCAUUCGAUUCUUUCUAAGCAAAGAAAGAUUGAGAAGGUUAAUGAGCGACUAGCGCUCAAGCUUCGAGCUUCAGAAGAAAUGCGACUGCAAUUGAAGCUGGAGAAGAAUGACUUGAAGAGAAAGCUCUCCCAGAUGUCCCAUUCUCUGAGCAGUCAGAGAAUUUCGGACGAGCAAGAUGGGGAGCAACCAGAGCAACAAGCCGUGGAGGCUGUCGAGGAAUUAGGUCAAGUAUCUGACGAUUUGGAAGACUCCAAAAUAAGUCAUAUAAAAUUUUGUGAGAAAUGCAUGACGCAGUAUAAUGUCCACGAUAGCAAAAAGCACUGUAAAGCGUGCAUUUAUCGGCGAAGUUUCAAUUACUGCGAUGGAUGCAUACAGAAACUGAAGGUAAACUUUGGCCUAGAUGAGGUCAACACGAAACAAAAUAGUGAAAACAUAAAACAGCUGGAGGAGAAAUACGUCGCCGUUGUGGAGGAGAAUGAAAAUCUUAGGAUAGGAAUGCACGAAAUACUGGAAAAGUUGCGAGACUAUGAUGCUAUGUCCAAUCAUCUGACGAUCGACACUUCUACUCUCGAGCGCUUGCUGCAUGCCUUGGAUGCAAGAAGCGUGAGUGGAUGGUACCAUCCUGCAAUGCGGUUGCAGAAUGAGCUUCUUGCCACCAGAGAACGCGAAAUAUUGCUCAAAGAACGGCUGAAUCUCAGAAGUAAGCAGAGCACCUUCUCGGUUACAAGCCGGGAUGAUUCGGGAAAUGUGUGCGAUGAUGAAGACAACACUGCCGAUAUGAAUCGAUUAAUAACAGAACAACAGUCAGAUUUCAGUGAGCAGGUUCUUCUGAAAUCGGUGGAAAUUGAUCGUUUGAACGAACUUAUAACUACGUUGAAAGAAGAGAAAACUCAAUGGAUAAAAUCGAAUGAUGAGUUUUCGGUUACGAAGAAAUCAUACGAUGAGCUGUUACGGUUCACAAGGGCCGCCGAAAACGAAAAAGACAAGUUGAUGGCGGAAACGUUGGAUAGGUUGAAGCAAAUUGAAUCGAAUAUUUGUACUUUUCAGCGGAAAGUGGAUUUUCUAAAGGCGGAGAAUGACAAUUUGCAUAAUACACUGCGCACGAUCCAGGCAGAUCAUUUGAAUGUCCUACAUGAGUUAAAAUCAGAGUUAGCUAGAAAGAACACCUCUUUAAAGAGUUUGGAGCUGGACCUCAGUAUUGCUAAACGUAACGGAACGGAUGCCGAGAGAGAUUCAAUAGAAAAAAUGGAGAUGGAAAUCGAUCGAAUGAAACGAGAAACGGCUGAUUUGUAUUCCAGUUUCCUGAAGAACAUUCAAGAGGUCGAUAAGCAAAAUUUACUCGACUUUGAAUAUGCACAAUUGUCUAAUUUUGGGUUGAUCGAAUCAAAUCUCACUAUGGAAUUCAUUCCCAAAAACGAAUUUAGGCGUCUCGAAAACCAACUGAAAGCGGCUGAAGAAGAGUUGAAAAGGCAGAUUAUCAAGAAUGCUAAUAUGGAUGAAUUAUUGAAAGCAUCUCACGAACAAAUUCAAUCACAGCAGUUAUUGAUUUCCAAACAAUCGGAAGAGGAAAUCGCCCUCAGACAUCUGGUUGCAGAUUUGCAGUCUGCAUCGAACGAGAAGUAUCUGCUAGCGAGGACCCAGAAGACGUUAGACGAAGCCCGCGAACAAGAAGAACUUCUCAAGCUUGAUAAUAUCAAGCUAAAACAGUCUCUGAUGGCAGCAGCUGAAGAAUCGGAUGGUCUUAAGGAGCAGUUAGUACAGCAAGAAAUAGAAUUCACCGAACGCCAAAAGGAUAAUGUUUUGAAGAUCGAGUUUUUAACGCAAACUGUUAAGAAGUUGCACGAAAAUUACAAUUCUUGCACCCCGACAUAUGCUGUGACGGAUUUUGUGAAGCAGUAUGUAAAAUUAAUGGAAUUGAAAAAAAGCAUAUCGAAAGAAGUGAUCGAAACACUGAACCAAAGCAGAGCUGUCGAGUUCGAACGAUGGUUCACGAUGAAAAUGAAUGAUGGCACCGAAAGCAAACAAAUUCAGGAUAAGAUAAAUCUAAUACAAUACAAAAGCCAAACUGAAUACCUCACGAGACAAUUGAUGCUGGCACAGGAACAGGUCGAGCAACUGCAAGAGGAAAAUUCAAAAAUUAAGUUGAAAGCUGUGGAAAACACACGCCAUUGGGAUACCAUAGAAUUGAUUUUCAAUGGAGAGGGAAAGACACCUAGACCGAAUGGUGAACAAUUCGACAAAGAAAUCCAGGCGUCGAUUGAAAUCAGUCACAAAUGCAUCAAUACUAUCCCGAUAAUUGAUGACAGUCUGGCGGAGGUACCACGAAAGGGAUCUCCGCCAGCGACGCCGGUCAAGGAAACGCGAGAGUCGGGCCAGAUGACGGAUGAUGUUGAUGGAUUCCAGGGGACGACGAUGAUGCAAAAAUCCCACGAAUCUCAAUUGAAGCAAGCGAUGAUGCUGGCAUCGACCAGAAGUGCAUUGUUGCUCGAAACCGAGAGUCGCCUGACGGAGUGUCACGGACGCAUCAAAAUGCUUGAAAAGAUGUUGGAGAAUAAGGAUGUGCAGCUGAAGAAAGAGAAGGCUAGUCGAGCAGGAACGUCAAGUAAUGAUAAACUAGAGGAUGGCAUUCUCAGUUCCACAAUAGGUUCUCUCCAAAAUUUACUUCUGGAGAAAGACAGUACACUGUCCCGAUAUCUGGAAUUGUUAAGGAGUGAGCGUCAAGAACACUCCAAAGCAUACGAUGAGAAUAUGGUUCAAAUAAGAUCAUUGAAGAAAGCCGUAGAUGAACUGGAACAAAAAUUUUAUGACAAACAGAGAGAGGUUGAUAGUUUAAACACUCAAAUAAAAAAUUUGAUGCAGUACAAAGCAGCACAUGAAGCAAAUGCCCAGCGGGAGAACGAAACUAAUGAAAUGCAGGUUGACAAGCCAGGAUUUGUAUAUACUGAUAAAAUCAUUGAAAAUAUAUACGAAAUGGACCAGAAGAAGGAGGAUGAAAUAGAAGCUUUGAAGAUACAGAUAAAAAUGCUCGAGAAUAAAGUUCAUGAUGCUCAUGAAGAAACCAGAAAAUUACAAGCCCAUUUAAAGGAAAUGACAGCAAAGGAGAAAAGAACCGAGAAGACAAUACGGGAAAAAGAUACGGAAAUAGUGACGCUGAAUGAAAGACUUUCAAAGGAACACGAUGAUUUGAAGGAAUUUUCUGACAGCAUUGCAAGUGCUCAGGAGAUCGAGCAGCUUAGAGAAAUGCUGGAAGAGAAAGAUCGCCAUAUACAGGAUCUUACUGAGACGUUGAGUCAAUUUCAUGACGAUCAGCAAAAAUUCAUGAACGAUACCUCUUUGCAUUCCGCUGAACAAAUCUCUCAGCUAAGUGCGGAUCUGAAUCGAAGUGAAGCUUCAAAUCGGGUCCUGAAAACCCAAAUCGAUGCCCUCAAACGACAAAUCAUGAGCAUUCAACAGCGCGAGAAACAGUCUCGUGACUUGGUAAAGACACUGAAGAACCAACUCAUCCGACGACCCGUUAUUGCUAUGAAGUCAGAGCGAACUACGACUCCGAAGGAAGACCAGCUCUCCCGUAAGCUUCAACAGCUCGAAACAGAACUGUUGGAUACGAAAGACGAUCUACGCAAACAAAUCAGCAUAAACGAGAAUCGUCGGGCGAAAAAUGCCGCCGAGCUUGAUUUGUGGAACAAACAAAAACGAUGGCAACAGACUGCCGAUAAGCUGAAGAUACAGCUGAAGGAGCGAGAAAUGGAACUGGAGAAGCUCAAGGUUCACUUCAGUACCGCGAAGACGACGAUCGUCCGGUUGGAACGAGAUAAAGCUAUUCUGGAAGGUCGCGGAACGCGAGGCGGGAGCGCACCAGCUGCUUCGAGCGGAGGACGCUUUGGUCACACGGAAUCGCCAGAUUCCUGUGCUACCGAGAGUACCGGAUCGGAUGAAACCAGUAUGCAGCUUGAUGCGUUCGCCCGCAAUAGCAAGGAGAUAAUCGAGUCGCUUAAAAAUAGAAUUGAAUCGCAGCAGAGGCGAAUUAUUGCGAUGGAGCUGGAGCGGAAGGGUUCAAACACAAUGACACACGAGUUGGAGCGAAUGCAUGAGAAAUUAUCCAACCUAGAAGCACAGAAUAUUCGACUGGAGGCAAAGGUUAUACAACUGCACCUGGACAAUGAUAUGUUGCGACAAAGCGAUGAGUCAGAGAGACUCAGAAGCCAGGUCAAACAUUUUGAAGGAUAUGUCAACGUUUUGAAGGAAGAACUCUCUAAAGCCACUGCCGGCUGCCCGGAAACCAUUAAUUUUGAUAGUCUUUGUCCGCGAUGCACUCGGACACGCACUGGGGUCGGAAGUGGAGCCGUGAGCAACAGUGAGUUAGUGGAUUACAACUCAAAACUGGAACAAACCGUGCUAGCCUUGCGAAGAGUAGUCGAGAAGCUCAAGGUUGAAAAUAAACAACUGAUGGAAGGCAAACUUCUCACGCCAAGAUCUUCGAAAGAUGGUGGAAAAACGGGCGUAACGGAUGUAACGAAAGAAAAUUUUGAUCGUCUUAAGAAAGAACACGAAAAGUUACAGCAAAGCUACUCAGAAGCACUGAACCGAGUAGCCGCACUUCAGUUGGAAAUAGAGUUGCUUUCAAGUGCCAGCUGCCCGCGUUGCAAUGUUCAAAAUAGCAGGAGAGGUUCGACUGAUGAAGCCGAGCAAUCAGAAGAACAAUUCAAAGGUGAUGAAUUGAAGGAACAACUGGAGAACAAAUCCCAGCUGUUGGAAAAAGCUAAAAUACUUCUGACCAGAGCCGCCGCCAAAGAACGCUAUUUGAAGGAACAAAUAUCUCUGCUAAGAAGAAAGUGUUCGGACUUGCAAAACGUACCUGUUAUUGAUGAAAUCAGCGAAUAAGGUUUUUUUUAACAACUACCACUGAUGCUUUCUUUCCAAUUGAAAUUCGUUAAUUUAUUAUUUUUGAGUGAAUGUUAUUGUAACGAAAGAACAACUUAUGCUUUGCGUGUAAUUUAAUUUCACAUAUUGUAAGUCUUAAUUUAUUAGUACAUUAAGCGUCAAAUAAAAUCUAAACAAAUAUUUGGGUGAACGGAU